CCCAUUAUGCAAAUUAGGUCAUGAUGAUGAAGAAAUAGAAGGUAGGUAUAAAGCAGGAUCUUACUUUAUUAAAUGUGAACAGCGUGAAAUUGAGAUAGUUGUGUAGUCUCAUUGCUUUACAAUAGUCUGGGAAUUUUAAUCUUUUUUUCGAAUGAAUAGCGCCAAUUAUCUGGAUUGGCAUGCCAAAUUAACUGGGUUACCAAGUAUUUUGACAGAUAAGAUUCGUUCCAAAUUAUACAAAAGAUAUAAAAAAGAAACUGGAAAUGAGCCAUGGCAACUAUCAGAAGUACAUGAAUCGGAAGUUAUAAAUUCAAAGCCAGAAAAAGGGCCCAUCACCUUCGAAGCCAGACCCG